CGUGUCGUCGUAGUAUCUUAUUAUGUGUCGUAGUAGGUGUCGUUAUAACUACUAUUGUGCCAAUGUGGGUUUCGCCAAUUGCACAUAGUGGUACUUCGGUAUUGUACUGCACUACGGUCGUCGUUUCGCUGGUGGCACUUAGUGGUGCUCCGGUGUUGCACUGCCUGUCGGUCAUCAUUAUUUGGAGUUUUGUUUCACCGGCAUCAUCGUUUGUUAAUGGCGAUGCAG